GGAGAUUUUGGCUGGCUGGGUGGAGCGAGCAGCCUCAUUCUCGCACACACACACACACACGCACGCACACACACACACACACUCAUGCAUGCACAUAUGCACGCGCACGCAGACUCUCAUUCUGCCUCUCCGCACGCGCGCAACAGGAGCUUCUUUUUCUUCUCGUCAUCCUGCACGAGAUUCUCUUAGCAUCUCCGCGAGAGAGAGAGAGGGAGAGAGAGACAGAGAGAGAGAGAGACAGAGAGAGACAGAGAGACAGAGAGAGAGAGAGACAGAGAGAGAGAGGGAGAGAGAGAGAGAGAGACAGAGAGGACAAGCUCGUUUUUUUGUUGCACGAGCGGCGUCUGUGUGAGUGAGUGAGCGCGCGCCAGGGAGAAAGGGGGCACGCGGACUUUUUCCUCUUCAUGACAUCGUCCUUCCUUCUUUUUCUUCGUCUCGUGACUCCGCGCGCUUUCCAGCGUCCCCAAGUGCGCGCGCGCCUAAUAGAGAGAGGGAGGAAGAGGGCACGAGGGACUUUUCUCCAAACCGACCAUGGUCAGCAGCGGUCAGCAGGCUUUGCCGUGUCUCGCGCUGCUCGCUGUCCUCGCCACCCUGGCGGCGCGCGUGACGGCGAGCUCCACCGUGAGGUACCGCGUGCUGGAGGAGCUCCCCGUGGGCUCGGUGAUCGGACGCCUCGCGGACGACGCGGCGGAAGCCCUCUCGCGCCUGCCCGUGUCGGUGUCCCCGCGUUUCCGCGCCGUCACGCGCCGGGGAGCCGCCGCUUCGUCGGCGCUCCUGGUGCGCGAGCGCGACGGCGAGGUCAGCGUGCGCGCGCGGCUGGACCGCGAGGCUCUGUGUUUUGGGGGAUUAAUGGAGGCGAACUGCACGCUGGAGUUCGACGUGCUCACGCUGCCCACGGAGCACCUCCAGCUGUUCCACGUCGUGGUGGAGCUGGUGGAUGUGAAUGACCACGCCCCGCGGUUCGCCCGGCCCAUGGUACCUGUGGAAAUCUCGGAGUCGGCAGCCGUGGGAACCCGGGUGCCUCUGGACAGCGCCACGGACCCAGAUGCGGGUGACAACGGGCUCCAGUCAUACUCCCUGGCGCCGUCCAAAACCUUUGGUAUUGAUGUUCUCACCAGGCCCAAUGGUGCCAAGUACGCCGAGCUGGUUGUGUUGGCACCACUGGACCGAGAGGAGCGUGCUAGUUACGAGCUUGAACUCUCAGCAACAGAUGGCGGCGACCCACCCAGGACUGGCAGCACAAUGCUCAGGAUCACCAUCGCUGACUCCAACGACAACAGCCCCGCUUUCGAAAAAUCGUCAUAUGUGGUCACCCUGUCAGAAGACGCACCUCUAGGCAUGCUGAUAGUGGAUCUGAACGCCACAGACCCGGAUGAGGGCACCAAUGGGAAGAUCGUGUACUCGUUUGGUGCACACGUGUCCCCUAAAGUCCUGGAGACUUUUAGGAUUGAUCCAGAUGAUGGUCGGCUCACUCUGCUGCGCAGGGUGGACUUUGAAACGGCCGAUUCCUAUGACAUCGAUGUCCAGGCGCAGGACAUGGGGCCCAACUCCAUGCCGGCGCACUGCAAGGUGACAGUCAAGGUGCUGGAUGUAAACGACAACAAGCCAGAUGUGGCAGUGAGCCUUAUGGCGCCGGGUGAUGAGGACGUGGCAUUUGUGUCCGAAGCAGCUGCGCUGGACACUUUCGUGGCCCUAGUAAGAGUGGACGAUGCUGAUUCAGGGCUGAAUGGUGAAGUCGUGUGUCGCCUGCUGGGCCAGGGGCAUUUUCGGUUGCAGAAAACGCAUGAGAAAAACUAUAUGAUAUUGACCAAUGCCAGCCUGGACAGAGAGAAAAGGUCAGAAUACAGCCUGACGGUCAUUGCGGAGGACCGUGGAACACCUAGCCUGUCCACGGUCAAGCAUUUUACUGUGCAGGUGCAAGAUGAGAACGACAAUGCCCCAAGCUUUGACAAGAGCAGGUAUGAGGUUUUCAAGGCAGAAAACAACUCACCUGGUGCUUAUCUGGCCACUCUUCAGGCAUCUGACCCUGACCUUGGUGCUAAUGGCCAGGUAAGCUACUCCAUCCUGGAAAGCUUGGUUCAGGGCAGCUCUAUCUCUACGUAUGUGACCGUUGACCCAUCCACGGGCGCCCUCUACGCCUUGCGUACCUUUGACCGUGAGGAACUUAGCCAAAUCUACUUUCUGGUGCAGGCCAGAGACUCCGGAAACCCACCCCUAAGCAGCAAUGUCUCUGUGAUCUUGAAUGUCCUAGAUGAGAAUGACAAUCGGCCGGUUAUUUUGGCGCCGCCCUUGUGGAACCACUCCGCUGAAGUCCCAGUGUCCAGGCGUGCUGAUGCUGGAGAGCUGGUGACUGUCAUCAGGGCGACGGACCGGGAUGCUGGUGCCAAUGGCGACCUUUCGUGCCACAUCAUUGUGGGCAAUGAGGCGGGAUACUUCUCAAUGGACAGCAGGACCUGUGAGAUCUACACUAAUGCUAGCAUGAAGGAUGUUCUGGUGGACCGAGUGGACAUCACAGUUCUGGUGCAGGACCAUGGGUCAGAGCCGCUGGGAACCAAAGCCGUGCUGAGGCUGACGCUGUACGAGAACCUAGCUGAUCAUCACCAGACGCCCUACCAGACAGGCGGCGGGAGUGGAGGGGAAAACGCCCCGGACGCUUCCACCAUCAUCAUCAUCUCUCUGGGUGCCGUGUGUGGUCUCCUGCUGAUCAUCAUGGUGGCGUUCGCUCUGCGAUGCUCGCGAGACAAGAAGGACACCCACUCCUACAACUGCAGGGUGGCCGAGUCCACAUACCAGCAGCAUCCCAGGAAACCGUCCCGGCAAAUCCACAAAGGAGAGAUCACCCUGGUCCCAACCGUCAACGGCACCCUCCCGAUCCGGGCGCAUCACCAUGGCAGCUCACCCGGAAACUCACCCGGCCAACAGAGGGCGCACAUGAGCAGCCGGCAGAGCCACCACAGCCACCAAUCACUGAACAGCCUCGUCACAAUCUCGUCCAAUCACAUCCCAGAAAGCUUCGCCCUGGAGCUCACACAUGCCACGCCCCCUGUGGAGCAAGUUUCACAGCUGCUCUCCCUACUCCAUCAGGGUCAGUAUCAGCCUCGGCCCAGCUUCAGAGGAAACAAAUACACUCGCAGCUACAGGUUCGCCCUCCAAGACAUGGAUAAGUUCAGUCUGAAGGAUAGCGGGCGGGGCGACAGUGAUGCGGGCGACAGCGACUGCGAGACCGGCCGCGAUUCACCAAUCGACCGGUUGCUAGGCGACGGCUUCGGGGAGCUUUUCCACAUAGAUGGACAGAACAGGCUCCACCCAGCAGUGAUGAAGCUGUGUACAGACGAGUGUCGUGUGCUCGGUCACUCCGAUCAGUGCUGGAUGCCGUCCAUGUCCUCCACCGAUUACCGCACUAACAUGUUCAUUCCCGGGGAGGAGAGCCGGCCGCGGCUGCUGGACGACGACCAGCGUUCGGUUGACUCCAACCGCAAGAGCUUCUCCACCUUUGGCAAGGACGCGCAGGAGGAGGAGGAGGAGGAGGAGGACGGCGGAGGAAGCUCGCUGCUCUCUGAGAUGAACACCGUCUUCCAGCGGCUCCUUCCUCCUUCUUACGCCGAGCUCAGUGACGACUCCGCCCCUUCUGCCAUCGCCACGGAGACCAGGAAGUGUUUCCUGCCUGGGAAGGCGGGGCCUGUGGUCGCGAGCCCCGCCUACCAGCAAGGCGUGGCGGCCUGGGCCGCAAACACGCACUUCCAGAACCCCGGCGCGGUGGCGGUGGGUCACGGUCCGAACAACCAUGCCUCAGCACAGACGCACCUGAAGUGGCUGCCGGCCAUGGAGGAGAUCCCGGAGAACUUCGAGGAGGACGAGAUGGACAAACGCAACGAAGCCGUGGGUGAACUAGCCGCCGAGAUCAGCAAACUGCUGCAGGACGUCCGCGACAUCUGAAGAGCGAGAACCAAAACGAGAACCAAGACGAGACCAUCAGCCAAUAGACUGCUGUAAGAGGUCCGUCGGAACCAGCGAUGCGUUCGGACCGUCCUCGGAAAUUCGCGGUCCCGAGUUUGCUGCUUUAGCUUUAGCACCGGUGCUACCAGGCUAGCGUUAGGCUGCUAAGUAAGGGAUGCUUAUCCCCAGCUAGCGUGGUGCUAACUGCCUACCUGAAACCGUGUCGGUUGCUAAGCAAUCGCUAAAAGACGUUAUAAACACUUUAUGACACCCAGUUUUCUGUGAACGUGGACUAAAAUAUGCUACAGCUAAUGCGCUUCCACACGUUUCCACCAAACACAGUUAAAGGCACAGCUAUGGAUUUGCGCAUUAGCAUAGCUACGUUUAAACAGGAGCCUUGCCGAAGCUUGGAUUUCGCACCACGACUCCGUUUGAGGCGAGUCAGCUGCGCUUCAGGUGCAGUUAGCGCCAUGCUAAUUGGUGGGGUGUUAGCAACCACCGCUAGUUAGCUACGUCGGCCUCAAUCGAUCAAGCAGACCAAGCUGGCUUUGGUCCAUCCCAGCGGAACUGACCAGGUAUGCGGUGGUCCCACGAGUUCACGAGGACCGUCCGAGUGCACGGCGAAACCAAAACAUUCACGAGAUUUAAAAAAAGACCCUGGGACGCCCCCCCCCCCUCUCCCCCUCUCUUUCCCUCCCUCCAACGCCCUGGGCGGAACAAUCACGGAGAGAGAGAGCGAGUGAGCGAGCGAGGUUCAAGCGCUGAAGCCUUCACCCCCUUGUCAAUAGCGUGACUGUGUUCUUUUGUGUGUGUGUGUUUCUUUUUCGUGAAUCUGGUGGUUUUUGGAAACAAAGUGCGACGUCUUUUUUUUAAUCGUCUCCUCCUUUUUGUACCCGGUGAACACGACGUGACUGUAAACGACCUUUAUAUCCCGGCACUGUUGUUUUUUUUACUCUAUAUUUAUAAAUGUACCUGUGUGUUUGUACAGAAAUCAGUACCAAAUGUCUAUUUUUAUAUUUCACUGCAUGUAAUAACGAAUAAGUCCGUGCGGAUUUUGUUUAAUGUAUGAGCUGAUUAAGACAUUAAAAAACUGUUCUUCACUCUGA